AUGACAAUAUCAAUGAAAGAGCAAGACCAAAUGCCAGGGGAGAUGGCAUUCCCCGAGGCAAAGUUAAAGGCACUGGAGGAGAAGAUUUCACAUCCUCGUUGGGUUGUGCCUGUUUUACCAGAACAGGAAUUGGAAGCACUGCUUAUUGCUGCUACUGAGUUAGCAACCAAAGGUGAAGAUAAAAACAAUCUAGCAUGCCAACGAUUUUACAAUGAUGCUUUAACAGUGUCCUUUACAAAGAUACUAACAGACGAUGCAGUAUCAUCUUGGAAAAAUAACAUACAGCAAUGUGUUCGUUCAAAUUGUGAAAAGCUUGUCAAACUCUGUGUUAUGAAGUUAGAUGACCCACGAUUUUUGAAUCUAUUGUCUAUGGCAUUUAAUCCCAACAACAAAUUCCAUACAUUUAAUGCAACAAGAACUAGUGAAGGUUUGUCUGUAUCUUCUCCUGGUCAGGGAACCACACAGGAGGUUGAAGUAUUUGCUAAAUCUCAGGAUCACCGUGCACCCAGAGGAUGGCUGGUCCAUGUAAUUAAUAUAUUUGGACAGGCAGGAGGGUUUGUGAAACUUCGAGAACGUUUUGAAACUAUAAUGGGGUUUCAAAAAACAGAUCUCACAUCAUCAAUAAAUUCUGAAGAGAAAGUAUCUACAGAAAUAACAGAGAAAGAAAGUAAAGAAGAUGCAUGUGAUAAAGUUGAUAGUACUGACAUUGCACCAUUGAUAGCUGAUAAUGGAGAAUAUUCGACAACACCCCGUAGUGAGCAACCGUUGUCGCUGGAGCAAACGAUGAGUGGCGAGACGCGCGUUACAGCAGUGUGGCAGCUGCUAAGACCACUCGGACUCUGUCACGAACUUCUCACAUCACACACUGUUACCACGUACCUGUUACCUGUACUUGAAUGUAUUCCUACACUUCUCGAGAGUUUAACUGAUGAGGAACUGAAACGAGAGGCACGUGGUAGUGAAAAUAAGACUGAUACUGUUUCGUGUUUAAUUCGCGCAUGUAAAUACGUUUCCGUGAAAACACCCCACCAUCACAGUUUGUUAAAAUCACUUGAAAUGUUUCGGUUGAAAAUGAUUUUGCGAUUGCUACAAAUGUCAUCUUUCAAUGGAAAAAUGUCAGCUUUAAAUGAAAUAAAUCAACUUAUAAGUACAUUUUCACAACAACCAAAACCAGAAUGGCUUACUCCUGCUGUCAUCACAACUUGGAUCCGUGAAAACAAGGUCGUGGACAUAGUUUUACGUGACUCCCUUCAUCAGCCCCAAUAUGUAGACAGGUUAGAGAAAAUGCUUAGGUUUAUGAUAAAAGAAAACUCACUGACAAGAGACGAUUUAGAUGCUAUAUGGAAGGCUCAACACGGGAAACACGAGGCUAUUGUUAAGAAUUUACAUGAUUUACUAGCAAAAUUAGCGUGGGAUUUCACUCCUGAGCAGUUGGACCACCUCUUUGAUUGUUUUAAGGCAAGUUGGGCAACAUCAAGCAAAAAGCAAAGUGAUAAAUUAUUAGAAGUUAUAAGAAGGCUUGCUGAAGAUGACAAAGAUGGUGUAAUGGCAAACAAGGUAUUAGUACUAUUUUGGAACUUAGCACAUUCAGAUGAAGUCUGUACGGAAAUCUUGGAUGUUGCAUUGGCUAACCUCAUAAAAAUACUGGAUUACAGUUGUAGUCAAGAUCGUGAUGCACAAAAGACUCUUUGGUUAGACAAGUGUGUAGAAGAGUUGAAAACCAAUGAGAAAUGGGUAUUACCAGCACUUAAAAUGAUGCGUGACAUAUGUUGUCUGUAUGAGGCCACGGUGACGGACCGUACGGGACUGCGACCACACGUAACUAGACAAGAGCUCAUUGAUAGAUUACAGACGCAGCAUUCGCUUGUGAUACUUGUCACAGACUCUUUAACUCAUUAUAUGGAUACAGUCAGAAACAAAUUAACAGAAGAUGGGGAAAUAGAUUGGGAGAAUUGGCUUCCAGAUGGCAGGUAUCCACAUACGGCUCAAGUUCAUGAAAGACUUAGUUUUUUGAGAUUUCUAUUAAAAGAUGGACAAUUAUGGCUGUGUGCAGAACAGGCGAAACAAAUUUGGGUGUGUAUAGCUGAAAAGCCUGCACAUCUGGGAGAUCGCGAGGCGUGUUUUCGGUGGUUUAGCAAGCUAAUGGGGGAAGAACCGGACUUAGACCCUAAUAUUAAUUUACAUUUUUUUCGAAAAAAUAUAAUGACAUUACCACCUAACUUAUUGACCCACGCCGGUAUCAAAUGUUUUGAAAGAUUUUUCAAAGCUGUAAAUGCCAAGGAAGGCAAGCUAAAAAUUAAGCGACGAAGUUUUUUACUUAAUGACGCUGAUCUCAUAGGGUUAGAUUAUUUAUGGAGGGUGAUAACAGAGUGCUCAGACGAAAUCUCGACGCGCGGCAUCGAGCUUUUGCGGGAGGUGUGCACGUGCGUGGGCCCCACACUUACGCCCGCGCACCACCACGAGGCUUUCCUCACGCAGUGCUGUGCGCGUACGCAACGCAUGCAGAAGGAAAUGGAGGCGCACGAAGAUUCGUCAGAGGGAUGUACGAGAAUGUGUAGAGUAAUUCGUGCCAUACAAGAAUAUAUAAAUGAAUGUGAUAGAAGAUUUUCCGCGGAGCGACAGAUACUACCUAUCUACAGGUCCGGCCGUGGCAGACAAUGUUCUAUAAUAGUCAGAUUUAAUUUUCAAACUGGCCAAAGACAAGUAGAGGAUAUUGAGUUAUUUUCGCACUCAAAUGAAACGCUGCACUCGUUACGUGCGACGAUUCAAAGGAGGUUGAAAUGUACUUCGGAAAGUAAUAUAAAAUUAGAACUAUAUGUAAAUAAAUUGGAGUUGUAUGUUAAUGGAGAGUUAUUAGAUUCUAGUCACGAUAGAAAGAUACUUUCGCAAAUACCGCUCCGAGACAAAACUGUGAUUGUUGCAAAGGUAUAUGAUGGACAAGUAUGUGGUAGUGGUGGCUGUGGUUCGUCUAACGAGUCCAGUAGCGAUUCCAGUACUUCGUCGUCUCCACACUCACCUACACCCGAACACGCGUUGCCGGGCGUUCUUUUUGCUCAAGGAUCCUGGUAUUUGCCAUUUAUAUUAGAAUUGGAACAUAUUGGAAUUACAAAGAGUCAUGGACAGCUGACUGAAGCGGCACAUUUAUUAUCGCAGAUUUGUCCCGCACACAAACUGACUGCGGACAAAUUGACAGAGUCGUUACUUUGUCGAGAAGAUACAAAACUAAGGGACAUGCUUUAUGGCCCUGCACCACCUACUGUGGCCUACAACGUGGAAGUUUUAUACAGCAUGGUAAUGCCAUCAUCGGACACCAGAUUGGACCGUUGUCGCAGUUUUCAGUUAGCUUGCGUUAAGAAGGCACCUCUCUUGGUACAAUGUUUGUCAGACAAAGAUUUUUUACAAGAUGCUGCACCGCAUACACGGAGGGUUGGUUAUUUGGCUCUAGUCAGGUUGGCUAAAUUAGCAUUAUACACAUUAGGCCAUUUGUUUGAAAUCCUUGCUCCAGAUGGGUCAGACAUUACUGUGGACAAGGAAUUUAGGAUGGAUGUUACAAUAUUACGGGAAGCUUUACAGACUGUGCCUAAUCACAGCUGUGAGUUGAUGGUGAAAGCGAUUGCUGAGAAGUUGGCCAAUACGUUAGGGGAGCAGAUGGUAAUUAGCGGCGAAGAUAGUGACUCCGUGUCAACGCUGGUGUGGUGGCGCGUCCCCACCACAGCUACAGUUCGCGCACUUUAUAGUCUUGCGUAUUCUGUGGCGCAUCCCAACGAAGUAAAUGGAAUGGUUCACCUGGAUGAUGUUACACUUGUACGGGAGUGUAUGGAGGUAGUAACUAUCUGCAUGGCUCUGGGUGGAGGACAUCUAGAGUCACUCCUGCAUGAACCGUGGUGGCAGGACACGGCUCUCUAUUUGAUGAUCGACUGUCCCAAUCCGCAGGUGCGGGUAUCGUGCGCGGAGCAGCUGCUAGCGAUGUGCGCGUGGGGCGGAGGCGGCGGAGCGCGCGCGGCGCUGGGCGCGCUGGGCGGCGCUGCGCCGCGCGGCCUCACCGCCGCUCGCCUCCAGCGCCACGCGCGGCACGCUCAGCAGUUUCUGCAGCUGCUGUGUCGCUUAGUUGCGCUCGCUGGACCCACUGCGCGCACGCUCGACGAUCUGGCGCUGGAGGUGGCGUGGCUUAGAGCCGUGCGUGCGAGUCACGAGACAUUGGACGAUACUUUAUUGGAGGGACAUCUGAAUCUUACGAAAGAGUUGUUCGCUCAUGUUCCUGCUCAAGUUAAAUACCAAUACGGUGCGAACACUGAGCACAAAGACUCUGGACUGAUCAAGGAGGUGACAACAGAAUUUCUUUGGUCGUACUCGUGGGCUUGGUGUUGCAUGGGAAACGGUAGUGGCGAGGCGGGCCCGGGCCCCGAGCCCGCGCCGCCGCUGUGUCGCUCGGCAGGCGCCGCGGCCGCAGCCACUGACUUGCUGCUGGCGCUCGUACAUGGCUGUGUACCCAACAUGGCUGCUCUCGCACACUUACUCGAGCAAAUGUUCUACAGCGAUAAGAGUAUGGCUCUAUCGGAAUGGGAGUAUAUGCCAUGCGUGGGACCUCGACCACCAGCCGGUCUCGUCGGUCUAAAGAAUGCAGGCGCCACGUGCUAUAUGAACUCAGUACUGCAACAGUUAUAUUGCGUGCGAGCCGUUCGGGAUGCACUACUCGCAGUCCAAGGUGCUGCUACAGAUAUUAAUGAGGACUUCUCUGGGGAAAUCCAUCACCACAGUAUAAUGGAAAAUAACAUUGAGAACAACACAGACUACAAUAUUACCAUAUUAAAACAAGUUCAGGCAAUAUUUGCUCAUUUACAUUACAGUAAGCUGCAGUAUUAUAUUCCCAGGGGGCUUUGGGCACAUUUUAGAUUACAAGGUGAACCAGUAAAUUUACGUGAACAGCAAGAUGCAGUAGAGUUUUUUAUGUCAUUAGUUGAGUCAUUAGAUGAAGCUCUUAAAUCCCUUGGUACAGAACAGCUUAUGGCUAAAACUAUGGGCGGCACAUAUUCAGACCAAAAAAUCUGUAAGGGAUGCCCUCACAGGUACUGUAAGGAAGAACCCUUUAGUGUAGUGUCGUUAGACAUCAGGAAUAUGUCGCGAUUGCAAGAAUCUUUGGAAGCUUACGUCCGAGGAGAGCUAUUAGAAGGUGCCGACGCAUAUCACUGUGAUAAAUGUAAUAAAAAGGUGGUAACAGUAAAACGAUUAUGUUUAAAUAAACUGCCUCCAGUAUUAGUUAUACAAUUAAAAAGGUUCGAAUACGACUUUGAAAAAGUGUGUGCAAUAAAAUUUAAUGACUACUUUGAGUUUCCACGGGAGCUCGAUGUCGAACCGUAUACAGCGUGGGGCUUAGCUCGAGCCGAAGGAGACGCUUCGUUAUGGGAAGGUGGCGAUGAAAAAGCGCAGGAAACUCAUUAUCAGCUUAGCGGUAUCGUCGUACACUCUGGACAAGCUUCUGGUGGACACUACUAUUCAUACGUGUUGCUUAGAGAUAACGGUAGUGAAACUGGUCGAUGGGUGAAGUUGGACGAUGGUGAUGUAUCGGAAUGUGGCAUGCACGAUGACGAAGAGAUGAAGGCGCAGUGUUUUGGCGGUGAAUAUAUGGGCGAGGUAUUCGAUCCUAUGCUGAAAAGGGUGUCGUACAAACGGCAAAAACGGUGGUGGAAUGCAUACAUGUUGUUUUACACGAGAAGGGACACGAUAGAAACUUCCGCUCUAGAACAAUCUAUAAAGACCAUGACACUUAAGGAAAGCUUUAUUCCCAGACCGAUCUGGCUAUCAGUUCGUCGCAGUAAUAUUGCAUUUUCUCAUAACCAAGAUCAAUUCAGUCUUGAGCACUUCAAUUUUAUGAAAAAACUGUGUUGCAUGCGAUUGCAAAUGUUGCCAGGCUCUCAAAAUGCGGUUUGGGGUCCCGAGCACGAAGAAAUGUCAAUGUUAGCUGUACAAUUGGCAACAAAUUUUUUAUUUCAAGUAGGAUUCCGGACGAAGAAAACGCUUCGUGGACCUGCGACUGACUGGCACGACAUAUUGUGUCAACAUUUAAGAUGUUCUCAAGCCGUCAGAGCGUGGUUCGCGACGGAUCUCUUUAGGCAUCCACAUAGACUUUGCGACUAUUUGUUAUCUUGUCCUACUGCUGAAGUACGGGUAGUUUUUAUGAAAGUAAUAGUAUUCUUGGCGCAUUUCUCAGUUCAAGACCCACCAGUGAGCAACGGUUACGGGUCGUGGAGCUCCCGCGACGAGGCGGUGUCGCUGUCGGACCAGCUGCUGUGCAGCGCGCGCGCGCUGGGCGUGGCGCCGCUCGACGCGCUCGCGCAGCGCCACCUGCCUCUACUCUUCAACUUGUUUCAUACGUACGCUAGCUUAGGAAUUAGCGAAAAACAUCAACUUUUAAGGUUGAAAGUCCUCGAUGUCGUGUUAUCCAUAUGCAUGGAUGAUUCGAACUCGUCCAUGGGCAAAUACCAAUACCCCGAGUCUGCUAAAAUUCAUCAGGUGGUAUGUGCCUUGGUGCGCUGCUGUGACGUGAGCUCGCGGUGCCAAUCUGCGACGACAGGCACCGCGGGGAGUGUUGGUGGUGCGGCUGUCGCCGUGGGUGCGAGCAACGCGGGGUGCACGAGUGGCGCGGGAGAAGUCACGGCGCCACUGCCUAACCCCUACGCUGAACCACCGCCGCAACACCACCACGGCCCUCGACCGCAGCUCUCGCCCGCUGUAGCAGACGUGCUUUACAAUAGGACUGGUGUCUACAUGAAAAAACUAACAGAAGAGUGUUGUGGAUGUGAAGAAGGAAUCCGACUGCUCCAGUUCUUAUGUUGGGAACAUGCGGGUUGGUCACGCAUUGCGUUGGCUGAGUUGCUAUGGCAGAUGGCAUACGCAUAUUGCCACGAGCUACGGAGACAUUCGGAUGCGCUCACCGCACUGCUACUUAUGGAGGACAGCUGGCAGCAGCAUCGGAUACAUAACGUUAUCAAAGGUGUAUCAGAAGAGCGGCCAGGACUUCUAGAGACAGCGGCGCGGGCCCGAGGGCACUACCAGAAGCGCGCGUACGCGUGUGUGAAGCUCGUGGUUGGCGUCAUGUGUCGCGCGCCACACGCCGUGCGCGCCGUGCACGCUCAGCCCGACGCGCGCCGCCGCUGGAGGCAGCUACUCGCCUGGCUGCAGGACGAGCUCGACCGUAAGUAUGGUAGUGGCGGUUACGGUUCCUACGGCACGUGGUCUCCUCCGAGUACUUCUAAUGAGACCUCCAGUGGAUAUUUCUUGGAGCGAAGCAACUCCGCUAGAAAAACACUAGAAAAGGCUUACCAGUUAUGCCCAGAAGAAGAUGAGGAAGAUGAAGACGAAACACGAGAAGGCGUGGAGGGUUCGGGCUCGGGUGACGCCGCUGACGACAGUGGCGAUGAUGAUGAGGCUGCAGACGAGGAGCCUGGCUCGCGGCAACUGCACCUGGCGCCGCCCGCGCCCGCCUCCACGCCCGCGCCCGCGCCCGCGCUCGCUCCCGCUCCUCGCGAUCCGCUGCCGCCGCUGUGA